AUGAUGGAUAUCCCUCACGCAGCAUCCUCACCCGACAUUUCUUACAUAUCCACGGCUUCGGCUCCAUCCUUGCGCGCCAGAGAUUCUACAGUCAGCAUGGCUUCUGGGCGACCUUCGUAUUUAGCAGGCGAAGAAGGAGGCAAUGUCAAGGUUGUUGUCAGAGUGCGCAAGUUCUUGCCUCGAGAACUCGAACGACAAGCGCCAUGCCUCAUUGAAAUGGACCCCAACACGCAAAAGACGACGAUUCACCCUCCUCCUGCAAAUACGCUCGAUGCGAACUCUCGCAAAGUCUAUGAAGAAAAGAGUUUCGUCUUCGACAAGUCCUUCUAUUCCCACGACGAAUCAAUGCCACACUUCGCUCACCAGCAAGAUGUCUACGCUUCGUUCGGUGAAGACUUUCUGGACCACAACUUUGAUGGAUACCACACGUGUAUCUUCGCAUACGGCCAGACUGGUUCUGGAAAGUCGUACACCAUGAUGGGCACCAAGGACCAGCCUGGCUUGAUACCCCGAACAUGCGAGAAUCUAUUCCAACGCAUCGAGCAAGAGCAGAAUGGCAACAUCACCUACAACGUCCAUGUUUCAUACUUCGAAAUCUACAACGAGCACGUUCGUGACCUUCUCACUCCUCGCACCAACCCUCCCACCCACCUAAAGAUCCGCGAAAGCAAGUCGGAAGGUGUCUACGUCCAGAAUUUGACCGACAGCCCUGUCAAGUCGUUCGGUGACAUCCAGAGGCUCAUGCACAUGGGCGAUCUGAACCGAACGGUAGCCGCUACCAAGAUGAAUGACACAUCAUCGCGUUCGCACGCCGUCUUCACCCUUACACUCAAACAGAUCCAGCACGAUAUCGCCACUGAUAGCACCAUUGAACGCACCGCUCGCAUGCGUCUUGUUGAUUUGGCUGGCUCAGAACGAGCAAACAGAACAGAAGCAACUGGUCAACGUCUCCGUGAGGGAGGAAACAUCAACCAGUCUCUUACCACCCUUGGUCGCGUCAUCGCCGCCCUUGCAGACCCCAAACGUCAACGACCCAGUGCCCGUUCAAACCAGACCAAGCGUCGUGCUGAUGUGGUACCUUACCGCGAUUCGGUCCUUACUUGGUUGUUGAAAGACAGCCUGGGCGGCAACUCAAAGACGGCAAUGGUGGCCUGCAUCUCGCCGACAGACUACGAGGAGACUCUUUCCACACUUCGUUACGCCGACCAGGCCAAACGCAUUCGUACUCGUGCAACUGUCAACCAAGACGCCGUAUCCGCCGCCGAACGCGAUGCCCAGAUCAAGGAGAUGGCAGAGACGAUUCGUCUUCUCCAAUUAUCAGUCAACGCAUCGACUACUCGCAAGCGCGACGAGGCGGACCGAGCAGGUCAAGAACUGGAAGACUACCAACGCCAAGUCACAAAAAUGCAACGCGCAAUGGAAGAAUCUCGUGCUGUUGCCGACGUGAAGAUUCGCGCUUUGAACGCCGAGCUGGAAGAGCUUCGUCCCAUCAACGAGCGCUUGAGAAACGAAGUCGCUUCUUUGCGUAGACAUCUUGCUCUUGCUGUUGGCGAACUGAAGAAUCCUAUUGUUCUACCUCCUACAGAGGAAGAAAAGGGUUGUGAUGUCGAGACAAUUGAGGUCUACAGUGACGAGGAUGAGGAAGAGGAGAGUGAUGACGAGGGGUACUCUUCACAGCACGCAGAAUGGCAGGCUGACAUCGAGGAGCUCAUGAAGGAUUUGGGCAUGUUCAAGCAGAAGGUCGCGGAUGAUCGCAGCAGAUUUACCAUACCUGCUGCUUGA